GCUUAUUGGACCCCUUUAAUGUCUGUGACUUAGAAGUUGAGGUAAACAAAACUAGUAUUUAUUUACGCGCUCCGGCAUAUUUGUGUAGUCCCAACCAUGGCACCGCAACUAGGUUAUUGGAAAAUAAAGGGCCUCGUGCAAUCAACCCGGCUUCUUUUGGAAUACCUUGGCGAUGAAUACGAAGAACGUUUAUAUGGUCGCGAUGACGGAGAGAAGUGGCAGAAAGAUAAAUUUAGUCUGGGUCUGGAAUUUCCUAAUCUUCCAUAUUAUAUUGACGGUGAUGUUAAACUGACUCAAUCUCAAGCUAUCAUACGCUACAUAGCUGACAAGCACAAUAUGUUGGGUAGUUCUCCGGAAGAACGUGCGCAAAUAUCGAUGCUUGAAGGAGCCGUAAUGGAUAUUAGAUUUGGUGUUUCAAGAAUUGCCUACAAUAAAGAAUAUGAAACUCUCAAAGUCGACUUUCUUAACAAACUUCCUGGAAUGCUGAAGAUGUUUGAGGACCGUUUGUCGAAUAGAAAUUAUCUAAACGGAAGUUCUAUAACUCAUCCUGACUUUAUGUUGUACGAUGCUCUUGAUGUGGUUUUAUACAUGGAUAAGAGUUGCCUGGAUAAGUUCCCAAGGCUAGUGGAGUUUAAAAAACGUAUUGAGAAUUUGCCCAAGAUUAAAGCCUAUAUGGAGUCGGACAGAUACAUCAAUUGGCCCCUUCAAGGUUGGUCGGCUACGUUUGGUGGCGGAGAUGCCCCGCCGAAGUAGAUGUGGUAAACUUCUUGAAGUUGCAAGUGAAUACAUUGUUAACUGAUAUUUCCCACUUGUGUAAUACGCAGUAUCGACAAGAUUCUGUCACUAUAUUCAUUUUUCUAAUAAAAUGUCACUAAAUAAAAUCUGCAUACAUUUGUAAAA